CUACUGACCCUCUUUUUAGAUAACAAAGUCGACAUAUUGUAUUGCGAGACAACCAUGGGAACUCGUCGUCUCCUUUUGAUUUCUAACUCGACUUUGCAUGGGAGUGGCUACUUGGAACAUUGUCAGGAUAACAUCAAAUCGUUUCUUGGAAGCGAUGUGAACCGAGUAUUGUUCAUCCCAUACGCUUUGACAGAUCGAGACGGAUACGCAGCCAUUGCUAGGAAGAAGUUUGAAUCACUUGGAUACAAAGUGGACAGUAUUCAUGAGCAACCUAACGCGGUAGAUGCAGUUAAUAAUGCACAAGCAAUAUUUGUUGGUGGAGGGAACACAUUUCGUUUGUUGAAAACCCUCUAUGAUCAACAAAUUGUAUCAGUUAUCAAGAAAAGAGUAUUGGAGGAUGGCGUACCGUAUAUUGGUUCCAGCGCUGGCACCAACGUCGCUACCAAGACUAUCAACACAACCAAUGAUAUGCCCAUCGUAUAUCCACCAACGUUCGACGCUAUCGGCUUAGUACCGUUCAACAUUAACCCACACUAUAUAGAUGCCGAUGCCAAUAGUAAACAUAUGGGGGAAACAAGAGAAAAAAGAAUUCAAGAAUUUCAUGAGGAAGAAAUAUGUAGUACAGUUUUGGCUUUGAGAGAAGGCUGUAUGCUGCUAGUAGAAGACAAUAAGGCUACUUUACAAGGAGUAACAAAGGCUAGAUUAUUCAUAAAGGGUCAAUCACCGACUGAACAUGACCCUGGGGCAGAUCUCAGUCAUCUGCUGAAAUAACUGAUCAUAGUUCUAGGAUGAACUACAUAUACAUGACACCAAUCUGAUUAUUGCGCAUUUUUACUUCUUUACAAUUUGUUAUUCUCUUAAUUAUUCAUUUUUCGUAGUCCGAAAACGGGGACUUAUGUUUUGCCCUGUGUGCGUCCGUGAUCACCUGUAUCUCGAACAUGCAUGGACCGAUUAAGUUCAAACUUCACUCAUACAUCACACAUUAUAUGGG